AUGGAUCCUGCGAAGGUCUAUGGUCAAAUCGAAGAGUUGAUAUCCGAAGAAAACCCCCAUGUACAAAGACUUUACAGCUUGGGGAUUUCGCACAUUUUAGCAGAUGGCCCAGCUGCGCUACAUUUUGUCAGGGAGUGGGCUAGAUUUGCACGCGGUGAGAAGAUUGGCAACGUCCCAUUUCUGGAUAGGAGAGUUUUGCAACUUGCAGAACCAACAAGAAGUUCGAAAUUUGAUCACACAGUCUUGCUGACUCAGCCGCCACUCCUGGUAGGCCAAUCGGACAAUAUGGAGGAGCGGAAGAAGCCAACAACUGUGGCCAUGCUGAAGCUAAGCAAAGAACAAAUCGGUAAAUUGAAAAGCAAGGCAAAUGGAGAUACACCAUACAAAAACACUACUCGUCCAUAUAGCAGAUACGAGGCUGUGGCUGGGCAUAUGUGGAGGUGCGCAUCCAAGGCGCGGGGGCAUGUAAACAAUCAACCAACGAGAUUACACAUAGCUGUCGACUUCAGAAAUAGAAUGCAGCCACCAUUACCACAAGAUUACUUUGGAAAUGCCGUUCUACGCCAAGCAGCAAUAACCACAGCAGGAGAGUUGUUCUCAAACCCCUUGGCUUAUGCUUCGAGUAAGAUACGUGAAGCAGUUGAAAUGGUAACAGAUGAAUAUGUAAGGUCUUGUCUUGCACUGAUUAAGAAUCUACCAGAUGUAUCUAUACAUCGUAAUUUUCAUACAUUAGGGUGUACACUGGGGGGUUUCUUCGGAAACCCUAAUAUGGAAAUCACGAGCUGGACAUCUAUGUCUAUAUAUGAUGCUGAUUUUGGGUUGGGGAAACCGCCACUCCUGGUAGGCCAAUCGGACAAUAUGGAGGAGCGAAAGAAGCCAACAACUGUGGCCAUGCUGAAGCUAAGCAAAGACCAAAUCGGUAAAUUGAAAAGCAAGGCAAACGAAGAUACACCAUACAAAAACACUACUCGUCCAUAUAGUAGAUACGAGGCUGUGGCUGGGCAUAUGUGGAGGUGCGCAUCCAAGGCGCGGGGGCAUGUAAACAAUCAACCAACGAGAUUACACAUAGCUGUCGAUGUCAGAAAUAGAAUGCAGCCACCAUUACCACAAAAUUACUUUGGAAAUGCCGUUCUACGCCAAGCAGCAAUAACCACAGCAGGAGAGUUGUUCUCAAACCCCUUGGCUUAUGCUUCGAGUAAGAUACGUGAAGCAGUUGAAAAGGGUGUACACUGGGGAGUUUCUUCGGAAACCCUAAUAUGGAAAUCACGAGCUGGACAUCUAUGUCUAUAUAUGAUGCUGAUUUUGGGUUGGGAAAAGUAA